AUGGACGAGAAGGAGUUCCGGGGCAUGCUCGACCUCUUCCCCGUCGUCCGCACCCGGGACUACUGCGUAAACCUCCUCCUCCAACCCCCCCGACCUCCCAAGUCCCAAGCCGCGAUCUGUGGCGUGGAACUCGAUUGGCCGAUUCUGGAGCAUCCAGCAGAGGAACUAGACAGCGAUCACGAGUUCAGCUAUCGCUUGCAGGAGGCAACGAAGGGCAAUAAUGACUCAUUCGCUGCACAAGAUAUGUUUAUGCAGAAAUUGAAGAUGGCUGCGGAGAAAAAAAUUGGAGCGACAAAGGCAGAGUUCUUCUGCAAGGCAUUUGAAGAAGCUCAUGAGAAACUUGUUUACAGAGAGUUGAAUUUGGAUGCUGCUAAGAAGUUUCUGAGCGCAUAUGAGAGCUGA